AUGAUGAGUGGACCAACAAUCAGCAGUAGCGGCAAUACUGGUAGCAAGCAGCUACCCCGAAAGACCAGGCAACGAGCUCGAUCUCUCCGAAAAUCACUGCUUACAUUCGCAUCUUCUUCCUCGUCCUUCACAAAAUCAGCCGUCAAGAAUAACGGCUCAACUCUAAAUGUUACGGAUAUAGCUGCUACUACCGCCGGCGGCAGCAACAGCAAUGGCAAUGGUAGUGGUGGUAGUAGUAAUGGUCGAAAUCCCGGACUCGCGGGUGUAAACGGCGGCGGCGCGUCUUCCAGCUUGAAUAACUCCGAAGACGACGAUCAUCUAUCACCCCCUCCCCUGAUGAUGAGGGAUGCAUCGGUGGCAUCCCGCAGUUCUUCGAGGAUAUCACGGUCCUUCCGACGGACGAGUUCGUCGCGUCAUGUGGAUUAUGCGGAUACGGUGUGGUGGGGGUGGGUGAUGCUUAUAACUACUUGGGUGGUAUUCGUGGUGGGGAUGGGGAGUGUACUUGGGAUAUGGGAUUGGGCGUGGUAUGGAUCUGCUACCAAUGCUACUACGGGAGGAGGGUUAUGGGGAGAGGACUAUGAUCCUGAUGAUGAUUUACCUAUUCCUGGGUAUUAUCCGGCGUUGGUGAUAUUGACGUGGGUGGUUGCGUGGGUUUGGGUGAUUAUUGCUUGGGUUGGGAUGAAGUAUUUUAGACAUGCGAGGGUUGCGCCGGCGAAUUAG